ACCGCCACCAUUUCCUUCCUACGCCACUUCUUCACGCGCGCCUCCAGCCCAACCACCAUGUCCGCCGCAAAGACCAAGGCCCAAGGCAUCAUCGACGACAACGCCGUCGCCGUCUUCAGCAAGAGCUACUGCCCUUACUGCAAGGCCACCAAGGCCACCCUCUCCGCCCUCGGCGCAAAGUUCUACUCCAUCGAGCUUGAUCAAGUCGAUGACGGUAGCGCGAUUCAAGAUGCGCUGGAGGAAAUCACUUCCCAGCGCUCCGUCCCCAACAUCUUCAUCGCGCAGAAGCACAUCGGCGGCAAUUCGGAUCUCCAGGCUCAGAAAUCACAAUUGCCGAAUCUGCUGAAGGAGGCUGGUGCUGUCUAA